AUGAAUAAAACUCAAGUAAAAUUAUAUGAAUUGUGGAGCAAAAAUAAAAAUGAAGUUUUAAUUUCAAUAUCAGAACAUGGUCGAUCAUCAUCUUCAGUGGAACCACAACGUGAUCGCGAUUCAUCUUUAUUUGUAGUAGAACCGGAACGUGGUUCAUCAUCAUCAGUUCUAGCAGAACCACAACAUGGUUCAUCAUCAUCUUCAGUAGCACCACAACAAAAUUCAUCUUUAUUUUUAUUAGAACCAGAACGUGGUUCAUCAUCAUCAUCAGUAGAACCAGAACGUGGUUCAUUAUCAUCAUCUAUAACAAUAUCUUUAUCAUCAUCAUCAACAACGUUAUCAGCCAAUCCUGAUUGUGAAAUCAUUAGUGAAGGUAAAGAUCAUAAAUCCGCAAGCGUUAAAAAACGAGCAUUACCAUCUGCUCGAACAAAACAUCGUUCACAAUAUUUACACGAAUGGGAAAAGAAACCUGAAGCACAUUUUCAAACUUAUAUCUACGAUGAUUUUGGUGAUAAACAUGAAAAAUUUAUGUGUUGGUUAUACUUCGACAAUAACUCAAUGUUUUGUCGUCUAUGUCAAGAAUUGGGAAAAUAUAGGAAUGUUAAUGAAGAUCAUCCAUUAGCAUCGAUUGAACCUUUAUGUAUCUUAUUGGAGAAGUUAGGAGUACAAUUAUUGCCUGCACAAGUUUCAGGUGUGUCAUAUCGUAAUAGUCAUGCAGCUAUGGGAUUUAUCCAACAUAUAGCUAGUUUUCUUCACGAGGAAUUAGUUGAAAAAAUUCAAUUAAGCCCAGUCUUAGGCUGGAUGAUGGAUGAAACAACAACUCGAACUAUUGAAAAAAGUUGUAUUGUGCUUGUGCGAUAUGUUGAUAAUUUUGAACCUAAAACGGCUUAUUUUGGUUUGAUGAAUUUGGAGGGAGAUGGUACUGCAGCUAAUAUCGUUAAAUCAAUCAGCAGUUUGUGGAGAAAAGAUGAUAUAAAUCCAUUAAAAAGUUGUUGGUUAGCAACAGACAAUGCGAGUACUUUUACUGGUGUUCGAGAAGGUGUUCUAGCUAAAAUACGUCGAAAUUUUGGAUGUGAUUGGUUGGAGUUGAAUCCAUGUUUUGCACAUUCAUUUUCUUUAGUUGGAAGUUAUGCGAGUUACAAACCAAAAACUCAUCCAAAUAGUCCACCAGCUGUUGAUGAAACAAUUCUAAAUCUUGAAACUAUAAUUAGUAGGAUAUAUGGUCAUUUUAGUCGAAGCAGUACUCGAUUAUUUAAAUUAAAGCAAUGGCAAAAUUAUUUAGAUCUUCCAGAAAUAAAAUUCAAGAAAUUAUUUGAAAUUCGAUGGUCGACUAUACAAGAUUGUAUUAGACCGAUUAUUAUAAACGUUCUACCAGGUUCCCAAUCAUUAUUAGCUUACCUCCAAGAAGCAGCAACUGAUGUUACUUUAACUAUUAGUGAACGUGAAUCAGCAAAAGAUUUAUUAAAAUCUAUUUUGAACGACGACUUUUUAUUAGCUCUACAUUUCCAUUAUGAUCUUCAUGAAACUGUUUUAGGUCCAUUAACCAAGAUUAUGCAAAAAGAUAAACUUUCGUAUUAUAGUUUAAUGGAAAUGCUUCAAGAAAAAAAAAAAAUUUUAGAAAGUUGGACAUGUGAAUCUUCAUCAACAGUUGGUCCUGCAUUAUUCGAUUAUCUUCAAUCAACAGCUGAAGAAUCAUUUGGAAGUUUUAGAGUAACUGUUGGUGAUCGUAAAAUGCUUUUAAAUAAUUGUUUAGAACACAUUCAUCGUCUUCUACAAGAACUAGAUAAACGAUUUACUCCAUCUAAAUUACAGGAGUGUUUGUCUAUUUUGUUUGAUCCACAAUAUUUGAUCAAAAACAAGAGAAAUAUAAGUUGUCUUGAUUAUGGAAGAUCUGAACUUGAUUUUCUUCGUCAAAAAUACAAUAAAUUUCCUAAUUUUGAUUCAAAUGUUUUUUCUGCUGCUAAUCGUAUUCAAGCAACAGGCAGAUCACGUUUAAAAAUUUCAACAUUGGAUAUUUUAAUGACUAUACGAAUGUUAUUAAAAGACGACUUACGAAGUUCAAGAUGUCAAGAAGUUGUUAAUAAAUCUUUUGAGUCUUGGAAUGACUUAGAUCAUAAUCGUCGUCUUCAUCAAAUACAGCUCUUGCUUGAUACACCAGAUGAUUAUACACCUGCUAAUCAAGUUCGUUCAGUUUCCAAGCGAAGUCGAGAUUAUCUUCAAUCAGAAUUUAUUGAAAACAAAAAGAAAAAAAAAUCAAAGUAUAUCAAAUGUGCUAAUGGUUGUAAACGAGAAGUUUCUGGAACUGAUCCUAGUCAAAAUGAAGCAAUACUGUGUUGUCAUCAAAAUGAACAAUUUCAAUGGAUUGAUUUGGAAGAGAACUGUUCAAGAUGGUUAUGCAAUUAUUGUAGAAUCAAACUUGCUAUAGCAGUGGAUUCAGCAUGGUUCUGCGAUGAUCAUGUAGAUAUGCAUCAUGAAGAAGAUGAAAAUGAAAAUUUUGAUUGA